AUGCCUGCUAAGAAAGUGUGCAUCGUUGGAUCUGGAAACUGGUAUAUUUAUGGGCUUUCUCUAUUUGCAUGUGCCUGCAUUCGACAACAUUGUAUCAUCAUGAAUUCCACUGAUUGAUUCAUGUAGCCAACUACAAAGUGUUGCUAUUUGGCUAAAUUGACAACUUGCAUGUAGUUUCAUAGAAUAUCAAAUAUAGAAGUUUGAUCUACAUUCAUUGAAUGUAGGCUGGUUAUGGUAUCCCCAUAAUUAGCAUAUUGUUCAUUUUGCGAGUGUGAUUUUGAAAAUAUGAAUGGCGUUAUGGAUUGCCCUCCUAUCUAAAUCGCUGUUUUCAUAAUUUCCUAGGGGCUCUGCGAUAGCCAAAAUCGUCGGCCAUAAUGCAAAGGGAUCCAACAGGUUUGACCCCAUUGUCAACAUGUGGGUGUUUGAAGAGAUGAUCGAUGGCAAAAAGUUAACAGAAAUCAUCAACACAGAGCAUGAGAACGUCAAAUACCUACCGGGUCACAAGCUUCCCAAAAAUGUGGUUAGUAUUGUGUUUUGUUUAGUAUGGGAUUCUUGCCUCAAAAUUAAAAAUCAUUGAGUUGUGCAAUAAUUCUGGAGCUAUCUCCGGACAUGUUUUUAUGAUUGUAAAAGGAUACACACAGAUAAGUUGAGUGAAGUUUGACCUAUACAGAGCUAACAACGUGUCUGGUUUGUUCUCAAGAACCCAAAGCAUUAACAAGGCAUUCUGCCUUAUCCCAAGGGUUCUCAGCUAUAAGUACCGUUUACCGGUGGGCCCAUGUGAACUACAAUCCCAUCGCUUUGUUUUAACAUUCAGAAACGUCAAUAAUCAUCGCUUGCAAUUAGGUUUUUGAAACAUGGAAUUAUCUUUCAUAUCACCAAGAAAUAAUCUUUCAAAUAAAAAAAGAUACACUUACUGUAUCAUGUUUGCACAGAUCCAUAUGGCUGUGUGCCUCCAGAUGACAAACUACACUUCCUUCCCAGUUAUGCUUAGACACAGGUGUUCGAGCAGGCUAGAUAGCUAAUUACACACAGGUGUUCAAGCAUGCUAGAUAGCUAAUUAGCACAGGUGGUCUUCUCUGCCUUCCAUCAGUCUUCCUUAAUAAAGCGCUGUAAUAUGGAGAUAUGGCCAUGUGGGAACACUAACCUUAUAAAAUAGUGCUGGGGUAAGAAAUCUGUACAGUUACAUAUCAGGAUAUUAUUUUUGACAAUAUAUCAUGUAGUUUAUAUAUAUUUUUUACCCCCUUUUUAUCCCCAAUUUCUAUCUUGUCUCAUUGCUGCAACUCCCCAACGGGCUCGGGAGGCGAAGGUCAAGUCAUGCGUCCUCCGAAACAUGACCCGUCAAACCGCGCUUCUUAACACCCGCCCGCUUAACCCGGAAGCCAGCCGCACCAAUGUGUCGGAGGAAACACUGUUCAACUGAUGACAGAGGUCAGCCUGCAGGCGCCCGGCCCGGCACAAGGAGUCGCUAGAGCGCGAUCAGCCAAGUAAAGCCCCCCCCCCCCGGCCAAACCCUCCCCAAUCCCGGAUGACGCUGGGCCAAUUGUGCGCCGCCCUAUCUGCUCAGCCAUUAUUAUGAGCAGUCCUCCCUUCAGCAGCCUCCACUGCUUGUAAUGUAGAUUAAUGAUAAAUGCUACUACACAGUAACAUCCAUCAUGAAUAGUACAAUGUAUCAUGCUAUCUUUUUCCGCUCCAAUUUACCAGGUUGCUGUUCCAGAAAUCACAGAAGCGGUGAAAGGGGCCAGCAUACUGAUCUUUGUCAUUCCACAUCAGUUCAUUGGGAGGCUCUGUGAUCAGAUGAAACCUCAUAUUACACAGGGAACCAUUGGAAUAUCCCUCAUCAAAGUAAUGUCAUUUACCUAUUUUUCACACCAGCUCUCUCUUUGAAAAAUCAUUGCUAAAAUCUAUACAAUUUAUGUCGGACUUUGCUCUGGCUUCAUACCGGGCUUCUUAUCACUCAGGGAAAGUCUCAGCUGUAUGAACUUAUCAUCAUGGCUAUGAUUUUACACUCAUUAUGUAACAGUAGCCUAGUCAAAAAAAUUUAGCCACCCAAAUGCUGGUAACUAGGGUUAUAUGUUACAAAAUGAGUGAUUGAAGGCAGCCUAAGAUCUCUUUUCUGCCCUGGUCCUUAUUCAGGGCAUCGAUGAAGGCCCAGAGGGCUUGAAGCUCAUCUCUGACAUCAUCCGCGAGAAACUGGAAAUCGAGGUUAGCGUCCUGAUGGGGGCCAACAUUGCCAACGAAGUGGCUGAUGAGAAGUUCUGUGAGACCACAAUUGGUAAGACAUUUUUUAUAUAAUAUCUAGAAUAUUGCUGUAAUGUUUUCUGUCCUCACUUGGGUUGCAACUCCCACUGAUGCAGUUAUGUUUAUCUUAACUUUCUAUCACUACCUGAACAGGAGCAAAGAACGAAGCAAACGGACACAUCUUUAAAGAGCUGCUGCAGACUCCCAACUUCAGGAUCACCGUGGUGCAGGAGAGUGACACAGUAGAACUCUGUGGGGCUCUCAAGGUACAAUUUACAAUUCAGUUCAAAGAGAACAACUUUUGCUACAUAUAGCUACAACGUGAACGUAACUUACACAGAAGGCCUAUGUUUCGUUCCACUGUUUUAUUUGCUCACAUUGUAAAUAAAUAUUUUUAUAAACCAUGAAUCAUAUUGCUAAAAAAAAAAAAAAAGAGUAGAAGACUGUACAUAAGACUCAUGGUUCCUUUCCCACUCUCUCCUUCCCAGAACAUUGUAGCGGUGGGCGCUGGGUUCUGUGACGGUCUGGGCUUUGGGGACAACACCAAGGCUGCGGUGAUCCGGCUGGGGCUGAUGGAGAUGAUUGCCUUCACCAAGCUGUUCUGUAAGGGCCAGGUGUCCUCCGUGACAUUCCUGGAGAGCUGUGGGGUCGCCGACCUGAUCACCACCUGCUACGGGGGACGCAACCGCAAGGUGGCUGAGGCCUUCGCCAAGACAUCCAAGGUGAGAUAUCUAGACAACUACGACUCAGAGAUGUGACUGUGCUGUGACCAGUACAACUUUCACCUGUUUUGUCAGAUUGAUAACAGUUAAGAUAUUAAUAUCCAACACUUAAAAAAACUAAUGGUAUGUUUGUGUGUGUGCGUAUACAUGCUUUAAGUAAAGUAAGUAACUAUGUUGCAUACCUUUCCAGUCUAUUGAAGAGCUAGAGGCUGAGAUGCUCAAUGGCCAGAAGCUGCAAGGCCCACAAACCUCCGCUGAGGUGUUCAAAAUUCUAAAGAAGAGAGACAUGAUUAGCAAGUGAGUACAACUCUUUCACCUUAAAGUGAGACUCUGCGAUAUUACUUUUCUUGCUCUCACACAGUCACACAGAGGAUCUGCGCAUGUGCACGGGCCCGCUUCACGCUGCUACAACAUGAUGUAGUCCCCUGUAGCUCAGUUGGUAGAGCAUGGCGCUUGCAACGCCACGGUUGUGGGUUCGUUUCCCACGGGGGGCCAGUAUGAAAAUGUAUGCACUCACUAACUGCAAGUUGCUCUGGAUAAGAGCGUCUGCUAAAUGACUAAAAUGUAAAUGUAAUGAUGGCUAUGGGAUCAAAAGAGUGAAGAAGUUUAGCCUCAUGCUUCAACGCUCUUGCAGAAAUUGCCCCGAUAUUUCUGUUUACUUCGUGUAUCGCUGAGCCUACCUUUUAAUGCAUUUAAUGACUUGCAAAUGUUCCUCCAAUGUUCGUUUACUCAUUCACUACAUUAAUUUAAGCAAAUUAGCUUCAAAUAUUAACUGAAGCUCUCCUCAACAAAUGGUGAUUGCUGCUAAUGGAACCACGUCUUGCUGCAUUGAGAUUUAGUGCAAUUUUUUUGUCUUGUAGGUUUCCGUUGUUUGCCUCUGUGUAUCAGAUCUGCUUUGAGGGCAAAGCUGUGCAGGAGUUUAUCACAUGUCUGCAGAACCACCCUGAACACAUGUGAUCACUCUGUAACCUGAAGCCACGGAACCUGCAGCUCCUCCAAUGGUGUAGAGUGAAGUCGCCCCUAGAUGCUGAUCUUGGGUCAGUUUUCCAGUCCCCCACUUAUAGUUAAAGUUGGGAUUGGGGGAGGGGAAGCUGAUCGUAGAUCUGUACCUAUAGGGAAACUUCACCCCAGAGUCACUUCCAAUAGCACCAUCAUACCAUCAGAGGGCAGCAGUGCUGCAUAAAUGUUCAUUAAUAAUACUGUAACUACAUAAAAAUGUAACUGUAACCACUAAAUAUUCCUUAUCAUUUGAUACUAAGUCUGAUGAACCACUCUACUUAACGUGCUUUGUCGCAUAUUCAUAUGUUUUGUGUUUUGAUUGUGUAUAAGCUUAUCAACUAAAGCACUUGACAAAUGCUUAGUAAUUGUUGCUGAUUAAAAAAUGUUUUCUAUUAAUUUUGAAUUUUUACAAUUUGUUGAACAAAUAUUCUCAAAACAAUACUUUUGAUUGAAAAAUAAAUUUUUGUGUUUCUUUUGUUUCACUUCAUUUUGGCACGCUUACUUUUAACAUUGAAAGCCUUUCAGAGGGUAACCGAGAACAAUAGACUUGACAUUGUUAAGAUGAGAGAGCAAUAACAAAUACGUUUAUUUGAUUUGAUUGUCUAAUAUUGUCCUGUUGUCCAUGCAAGAAAAUGAAAUAACAUAUUUAAUAUAUUUUAAUGAGAUGUUCCCCUGAUGAAAGAAGGAUUGCUUACGUUUAACUGUUUAAUCAGCUUUACAUAACAAUUACAUUGUAUCUAAAGUUCUUGCCUUCACUUCAAAGAUGGAGGCCUACUUAUCCUAGAGAACACAGAUGUAAAUGUAUUACAGAUAUUCCACAAACCCAUUCCCUGGAGUCUUCUGUGACACAACCAUAUCAGACCCAGGAUUAAAGAACAAUUGUGGCCCUUGUCUCUCCAUCUCUUCUGGCUAUAUCACAGUGAGAAGAACAGAGGCUUAGUGGGAUAGCGCACAAUCAGCUAGGCCUUUGAAUGUCCCAUCAGAUCAGAGGGACCUUGAUGCUUCCAUCCAUCCCUCCACACUGUAGCCACGACUGUGUCCAGCCACGGUUCACUCUUUCCUGGGUAACCCGACAAGGAGGAGGCCUCUCUUCAGGUUGACAGCUCCACAGACAGGCUGCCCCGGAUCCCACACAUCUCAGGACAUCAAAGGGCACAACGGAAGGCAGGGGGCCACGGAGAUGGCAGAGGCCCAGGUUGAGGCACCCUGUCCGCCCCAGUUUCCCGUGGGACAUGGGGCCCCAGGAGAGGUCCUGUGUCGGGGCUUCCCGCAG